AUGGCCAAUACCUUUCUCUCCACACCUUUCGCUCCUCCUCAUCAUCCACGCCACCGUAAUCGUUUUCAACACCACCCUCACAACACCAAUUUUUCACAAUUCAAACACCUUAAGAGCACUCCCUCUUUCCUCCUCAACCUCUCUCCUUCUUCUCACUUCCGACUCUACGCUUUCCCUCCACGCCGCCAUAAUUUCGCUCUACAAGCUCUCGAUUCCGGCGCCUCAAACCAGGGAUCAGUUAGCGGUGGGAGAAACCAAAGCUACCAGCAAUGGGAUUCGCUCACUGCGAAAUUCUCCGCCGCCGCCAAUAUUCCGUUUCUGUUGCUGCAAAUGCCGCAAAUCAUACUCAAUGCUCGGAACCUUUUAUCCGGAAACAAAACCGCUCUCUCGGCUGUCCCCUGGCUGGGAAUGCUAACUAGUUUGCUUGGAAACCUGUCUCUACUUUCAUACUUUGCCAAGAAGAGAGAAAAGGAAGCGAUGGUAGUGCAGACAUUGGGUGUUGUUUCAACAUAUGUUGUCCUUGUUCAGCUUGCAUUGGCCGAAACCAUGCCUUUGCCUUACUUUUUCGCCACUUCAGUUGUUGUGAUCUCUGGCCUUGUUCUGAAUUUCUUGAAUUACUUUGGUUUACUAAAUGCUGGACUCUGGCGCUUUUGGGAAGAUUUCAUUACAAUUGGGGGUCUAUCAGUGCUUCCCCAAAUAAUGUGGUCGACAUUUGUCCCCUAUGUACCAAACAGCAUCUUACCAGGGGCAACUGCCUUUGUGAUUGCUGUCUUGGCUGUUACAUUGGCCAGAACUGGAAAACUUUCUGAGAAAGGUGUCAAAUUUGUUGGAGGAAUAUCUGGUUGGACAGCUACACUACUCUUCAUGUGGAUGCCAGUUUCACAAAUGUGGACAAAUUACCUCAAUCCUGAGAACAUGAAAGGCUUGUCAGCUUUUUCGAUGCUGCUUGCCAUGCUUGGAAAUGGGCUUAUGCUUCCACGUGCUCUCUUGAUUCGUGAUUUCAUGUGGUUCACUGGUUCAGUGUGGGCUACCCUCUUUUAUGGAUACGGGAAUCUUGCAUGCCUAUACUUUUUAAACAUUAUCAGCAAGGAAUUCUUCUUAGCAGCAACUGCUGGUCUGGUUUCGUGGAUAGGUUACCCUCUUAACCUUAUAGCACUCAUAAACACUGUCACGGAUAUAUCUGUUACCAUGCCUAGGCUGAGGCAGUGCUAUGUCAUUUUUGACUCAUGA